AUGUCGUUCAUAAGAAGAACCAGUAAUGGCUCAACACAGUCCCGAAAAAGUGGUUGUAAGCUUUGGAGACAGCUUAAACAAGUAUUCAGACGGUUCAAGCUGCAAAGAUCUAAAAAUGCUGUUCAUGCUGAAUUUAGACGUCAAGAGAGUCAAAGAGCUGCUCAUGCUAGACGGGUAGAUAUCAUGCGGGCUUGUAUGGAAGAAUAUUGCGCAAAAUAUCAAAACCAGGGCUCCACUCGUCAUCCUGAUGACGUGCUAGAACGAGUGAAUCUUCAUGUUCGCAAUAGAAGACCUGAUAGUGAAGAUACUGUAUAUUUUACAGACGAGGAUGUAACGCCUGAAUUGAAUCAAAACCCAGUGAAAGCGAGAGGUACAGAGCCAUUCAUAAUAAAAACAAGAAGAAAUCCCAGUGACUCUCAAAGUGCUCAGUCUCCUCCAAAUAGAAUUGACACACCUGAUAGCCUUGCAAAUCUUGACCAAGAUACAGACCUUCCUAACCAAAGAAAAAACAGCAAGACUUUGGUCGAAGAUCCAACCACAAAGGAGGUCACUGAUAUGAUUGAUGAACUUAUUCUGGUCGUAGAAGGGUCUGAAAAGCAAUUGGUCGAGGAUCCAGUUACAGAUUUUGUAGCUGUUCAUAAAGCAAGCCAUAUCAGAUCAUCUUUUGAAAGAAAAGGAGGUACCAUGUCUGACCCAUAA